CAGUGCUUGUCGAUAACGCUAUCGGUAGAACCAUAGCAGAGCUAUGGCCAACGCAAGGACAACAAGGCUGAUCGGGAUGGCGACCCGUGUCUCUGCGAGCCACUGCACCUAUUCUUCUAUGCUAGACUAGUCAUUUUCGUUGAGCCCAACUCAUGAUUGGUUGUCGUGGUCAUGGUCAGUGAGCCAGAAGACGAGCGCGUUGGUGGGCAUGUGGGAGUCAAGCACCCUUGGGCCGUGAAUAGUAACCGAGUGCUCUCUGAAAGCUCACGCGUUCAUGACCGGCGGUGAAAGGCGCUGCAGAUUGCUGUGUGCCUGCAUGCAUUCACAACGUCCCGGCGCAGCCACACCUAGCAAGCGGGACAUGGGCUGCAGCAUGCAUUCACAUCGUCCCAGCGACGGGCAAUCAGCGGUGAAAUGCGCUGCAGGGUACUGUGCUUCGGCAUACAUCCACUUCGUCCCGGCACAGUGGGUUUCAUCGCCCAAUCCCGACGCAGACCAGAUGCCCAGGUGUAACACCCGACCUCACUGGAGACUCCACACGCUUCCGCACACGCUGCAAGAUGUCAACGCAAUCUCAUAUCGUCGCCACAACUUCCACACAUUCCCCUCUUUCGCAUUCCUUCAUCAGUGUCACCCUGCUGCAGCCGGAAUCCAGCCUCCUCAUCCACGUAUUGCCCUCCAAUUAUACGAACGACCGUUGUAUCUUCCCUUCUCCUUCUUAGCCCUCUGGCGAAAAAGAACUGGGAUGGAUCGACAGGGUGUCAUUUGUCACUCGACCUGGCAACGCUCAAGCUGCGCCUCACAUACGCGUAUCCUCUCAAGGGCGACGGCUCAGCUAAGCAAAAGAAGCAGUAGAUCGCGAGUGGUUGGGGCAAGGAGGCAGGCUUUGAACACGUCUUGCUCCUGUGUCCUUGUAUAGUGCGUCUGCUGGAAACCUAGAACACCGAGCCACGCGAAUCUAUGCGCAAGUGGAGCAAGGCCUUCGAGGCUUGUAAGCGUGAAUUUGGCAUACUGCCGCCGGAGGAGAAGCACUGGGAUGAGCGGGUCGAGGAUGACACCAAGGAUGCAGGGA